CCAGGCGAGAAGGGUGAUGGUGGCAAAACAGGAAACUCUGGACCAAAGGGCAGUCAUGGUGAGAAAGGCAUAACAGGUCCUGCAGGUCUUAAAGGAGACAUGGGCAUAAGAGGCCAAAAGGGUCCAAAGGGAGAGCCUGGGACACAUGGAACAUUGGGGCCAGUGGGGAAAAGGGGGUUCAUUGGGACUCCUGGUGCUAAAGGUGGACCUGGACCUGCUGGUCCUCCUGGUCUUCCAGGAACAAAAGGAAUUCAGGGACGAAGGGGAAAACAAGGUCAAUCUGGAGGAAAAGGGCCCAAAGGAAAAGCUGGGAAAAUUGGAAGUGAAGGCAAGCCAGGGAUGCCAGGACCUUCUGGAUUACCUGGAAAACCUGCAAUUGAGGGCCUGAAUGGUUUGGAUGGAUUACUGGGGGUUGAGGGGAACGAAGGGGAUCCAGGUGAUAUUGGUUUGAGAGGAGCUCAUGGAUCACCAGGCAGGGCUGGCAAGAUGGGAGAACCUGGAACUCCUGGUAUUAGAGGAAACACCGGACCAACAGGAUUUAAGGGCAAAACAGGCCCAAAGGGAAAAUAUGGACCUCAUGGACCAGUAGGGCCAAAGGGUAUUACUGGCCAUAGAGGAAUAAAGGGUAAAAGUGGAAGUGCUGGCACAAAGGGUCUCCUGGGUGAUAUGGGGAUAUUGGGACCAACUGGUCCACCAGGGCUAAAGGGGAAUCCUGGUUUGCAGGGACUCAAAGGUGAAAAAGGUCAUAAAGGAAAACAAGGGGAUUCGGGUCCUCCUGGUCCACCAGGGCAGAGUGGCCCCAUUGCAAUCGAUGGCCAUGUUGGAAAUAAGGGGGUGAAAGGUACCCAAGGCAGGAGAGGGCCAAAGGGAAUUAAAGGCAGUCAGGGACCUCCGGGGAAACCAGGAGCACCUGGCAAAUUCAGGUCCAUACAAAGUCUUGACUCAAACUCUGAGCCAAGACCAGGAAUAAGAACUGACCAAAGUCCCAAAACAGUACCCAAGGCAAAAUAUAUGAUGAAAACUUUAUCUAAUUCAAUGCAACAUCCUGGCCUCCUGGAGCAAAGGGAAGGACAAGAAAAUCAGCACAGGCUGAUAUCCAGGAGAUGGUCUCAAGGAAAUGGAGCUGAGGAAUCUUCCAGCUGGUCCCUGGGAACUGAAGAUAAUCCCGGCACAACCUGCUAUGAACUGAAACUCUUACAUCCACAUCUAAAUGACGGUUACUUUUACAUGGAUCCAAACCAAGGCUGUCCCUGUGAUGCUGUGAAGGUGUUUUGUAACUUCACAGCAGGAGGAACGACCUGCAUAGAUCCUCUGCAUGCACAGAUAACAUUAAGGUGGGAAAAAGAAAAUGUGAACUCAAGGAUGCCUAUGCAGUGGUUUACUCAAGAACAAGGUGGACAAAAGUUGGAGUAUGCUGGGGUGGACUUCAUACAGCUGAGAUUUCUGAGGCUCCACAGCCACACAUCUUUCCAGCACAUUAUUCUCACCUGUCCAGCAAACCAGUCCAGUUCUGCUGCUGCAGGAGAAUUUGCCCGUCGAAAAAUCCAUUUGUUGGGAGACUCUGGCAAAGAAAUUGACUCACACCUCAUUACAGUAUCCAGGGAAAGCUGUGAGGUGCACAUGACCGUGACUGUUCGGGGGAAUACAGAGUUGCAUCGAGGGGAUAUGGAGUUACUUCCCAUCAGAGAUGUGGGCAUAGAGAUGGGCAGUCCAGCCAACCUAACCUCUGAAAUGGCUGUGGAUGUGGGACCCCUUUGUUUCUUGUGAAGGUUAAAUUGUGUGUGAGCGCGUGUGUGUGUGAUGUUCCUUCCAUUUCCGAGUGUAAAAUUCUGUAAACAUUUCUUUCACAUAGAAAGCAUAAUUAUACUGUAUUAUGACUGGCUGUGUUCAUUUUUAGCGGCAUAACUCUGUGCUAUUUUUGUAUUUUGUUGUAUAUUUAUUAAUUUUUUUUAAGUUGUUUGAUUUUGUUUGAUAAAACAUUUUACAAUUUGUCAUGACAUUCUUAUGUAAUACUAAUUGCCUAGGUAGUUUGACUUAUAUCUUAUUGUUGAUAAGUAGUCAGUCAUUCAUCCUCUACUUGAAGGAAUGGUGUAAAACGGUAUCAUUGCAUAGUCAAAUAUGGCUACAGUUUACACAAUAAAACUAUGUAUAGUUUCAAGACCUGAUACAGACCAGGGGAUUUUUAUUAUGUUAUAAAACUUUAAGAUUGAACAGAUGUUUUUACAUGCUUUGUCAUAUGACUAUUUACAAGCCUACUGGAUUUGUACCCCACCCUGUCCCUGCAAGUCCCAAGCCAAGAUUGUUGAGUUUUGAAGAGCACAUACAGUAUUAUGAAAAAGAAAUCUGUGCUCCAGAGCAUAUGUUUGGGUGUCUUAGGGGAUUGCUUAUUAGAAAAUAAACAGAGUUGUGUGACAUGACAUUACCCAGUCUCAUCUUUUUUUGCAGUGUUUUCAGAUUUACAGAGUAAAGUGACCUCACAGACCCAGA